UCACAACGAGAAAGACGGCUUAUUUUAAAAAUCAUAGAAAAUAUUAAAAACUAGAAAUGGCAGAACUUAAGUCAAAAACUGAGUCACCAGUUCUCAGAAUAUCGGGAAACCCUGACACUCCUCCACCCCGCAGGAGAGGCCGAAAGAAAUCCGAACCUGCUCCGGUUUUCGAAAAGUUUUUAAUCCCAGAACCGCCAAAAAUCAAUAUAAUAACGUUCCCGGUUCUUAUAAGUAGGAUAAUGUUAAAAAGCAAUGUUCCGCCACAAGCUGGCCCAAAGAUAAAUGAAUCCGACUACAAUCAGAUGCUCUGUUUGCUGUGUUAUGCCAAUCCCUCCACGAAAAAGAGGAUUUAUCAUAUGUAUCAUACUUCAUCGGAAAAAAAUUUGGAAAAGGAAACCGAAAAGGAGAAAAAGGAAUACUUAAAUCGGAAAGAUUUAGAAUUUCUAAGAACCACAACAGUGGACACAUUCUGCGCCCGAUCUUUGUACCACAAAGUCCAAAGGACUUUUACCGAUGUGGUGUGGAAUAAGAGGGGAAAUGUUUUCGAAACAGACUGGAUCAAAUUUGAAGAUUCUUGGAUUCUCACAAAAAGGAUCUACGACUUGCACUAUCAGGAAGUUGAGAAACUGAUCAACUUUACUAAGUUUUUAAGUGCAACGAACAGCUGAAAUAAACUUGUGUCAUUUAAGAUUAAAGUUAACCCUAAGCUUUUUGCCAUUCACACAGAAAUAUAAACAAACCAUCUCUAUUUUGUGCUUUUUUUAACUUUUAAUGGUGAAAUCAUUCUGAUUUCAACUGUCCACUAAACCAUUUGUACAUUUAAACGGAGCACCCCGGGUGUAGCCUGCUCAGUAUUUAAAUUGAAGUUUUCAAGGGAGCUCCUUCUGUUCCACCAUGGAGGCUCAAAUCCAGGAAACUGAUUCAUCCUCAACGCAAGUAAAAUUGCCGGAAAUACAGGUGCUUAAUAUUUCCGGGAGAGUCAAGCCUCCCCAUGGGACUCCCCGAAUCAGAGGAAAAAAGAAGAAGGCUCCUGUUUCGCCAGAGGCUCCCAGAGUGACGCCGUCCUCGUUUCCGGCCAUUCUCAGUAGGAUACUGCUGAAAAGCAACGAGCCACCGGAAAAUGCUCCAAAGCUAAAUCCAUCUGAUUCCUCCCCACGACUGUGUUUUCUGUGUCUCGAGAAGCCAGCCACUAGGAAACGGGCUUACCACAUGUUCACCUCCGCCGAAAACACUCUGGGCAGGGACUACACCAGGACACAAAAGCUCUACGAGAACCGAAAGGACUACAAACACGUGAACAACAUAACGGUGGACACUCCCUGUGCCCGUGCCUUGUACCGACGCGUCCAAAAGGAGUUCACCGACAUGGUCUGGAACAAGCAGGGCAAUGUUUUCGAGACUGACAUGGAAGGGCAUACCGAUGUGUGGAAUGUUUCCAACAGAGUGUACGAUCUUCGAAAGAAGGAGCUUGAAAGACUAAUUAACUUUAUUAAGUUUCUAAGCGCCACAAAAAGUUAAAGGAAAGAAUGUUUAAAUUAAGAUUGUUUUACGUAAAUUGUGAUAUCUUUAAAUUUCAAUUAAAAACCUUUCGCAACUAUA